AUGGCUUGUUCUAAGUGCCUGUUUUGUUGCCCCUCUUAUACUCCUCCAGGUCCACCACUUCGCAUUGUAUUGAUUGGAAAAACUGGAGUGGGAAAAAGUGCUGUGGGAAACACUAUCCUUCGUAGAAAGGUUUUUGAAUCAAGCCCUUCAGCAAACUCUGUCACUGAGCGCUGCAAAAAAGGAAUGGUCAAUGAGCGAAGAGAGAUUUAUGUGAUUGACACACCUGGAAUCUUGGAUACCAGCAAAUCAAAAGACCUCAUCAAAAGAGAAAUAGUGAGAUGUAUUCAGAUUUCAGCACCAGGUCCUCAUGUGUUCCUGCUGGUGUUACAGAUUGGCCGUUUCACUACUGAGGAGCAAAGAUCAGUCCAGGCCCUGCAAGAGCUCUUUGGACAAGAAGCUUCAAAAUACAUGAUCGUGGUCUUCACUCAUGGAGACGCACUCGAUGGCAAAACAAUUGAAGACUAUGUGAAAGACGGCCAUCCAGAACUCCGCAGAGUGAUCCAGAGUUGUGGUAGUAGAUAUGUUGUUUUUAAUAACAAUGAUGGGAAGAAUCGAGUUCAAGUGAGGAAAUUAAUUGAGAAAAUUGAUGAAAUGGUGGCAGCAAAUGGGGGACAAUGUUUCACUCAGGACAUGUUUAAAGAAGCGGAAGAAAAGAUUCAGCAACAGAAUGUGGAGAGAGCAGCCGCAGAGCUAAUGGAAUAUCAGUUUAGCUUUCUUGGGAUGCUUGACAACAGAGUUGCUUUGUUCCAACAAGUAUUGUUGGAAGGCAUUCGUGAACAGUUUGGUUUUGAUAGCGGCUUUUAUGGGACUUAA